CUUCCGAUCUGAGACAUUCUAUCGAGAAGACAGUGCACUACAGAGCAGAACAGCAUGAGCUCAAGACGCGAAGAAUCGGUGGCUACUCCGUUCAAACUGUGGGGAGGUCGAUAUUCCAAAGGUACGGAUCAUGUUCUGUCGAAAGUUAACAACUCCCUAUCGGUGGACAAGCGGCUAUACUCGGAGGAUCUGGAUGGUAGCAUAGCAUACGCGAAGAGUUUAACCGAGGCUAAGCUGUUAACGCAAAGUGAGUUUAAAGUGAUCUGCUACGGUCUAGAGACGAUUCGAGAUGAAUGGGAAAAGGGAACGAUCAAACUAAUGCCAAGAGAUGAGGAUGUGCACACCGUUAACGAGCGACGUCUAAUCGAAAUCGUGGGACCACAGAUCGGUGGUAAGCUGCAUACGGGACGAAGCCGGAACGAGCAGGUGGUUGUCGAUAUGAAACUGUGGAUGAGAAAAGCCGUCCGAGAUGUUCUGAAGCAACUAAGUAGAUUGAUCGAUGGAAUCACCGAUGCAGCGGAACGGUAUUUAGACGUACUGAUGCCGGGUUACACGCACAUGCAAAAAGCUCAGCCUGUUCGAUUUAGUCACUGGAUUCUAAGUUAUGCGUUCAACUUUAGAGAAGAUUAUCAGAGAAUUGUGGAGUUUGCGAAACGAAUGAAUGUACUGCCGCUGGGUACUGGUGCUUUGGCAGGGAAUCCUUUCAACAUUGAUCGCCACCAGUUGGCCAAAGACCUUGGAUUCACUGGAGUUACCUACAAUAGCAUGUUUACUGUGUCUGAUCGUGAUUUUGUUGUGGAAUUCAAUUUUCUAUGCACUCUUGCCGCCGUUCAUAUGAGCCGACUUGCUGAAGAUUUGAUUCUGUAUUCUACGAAAGAAUAUAAUUUCUUAGAGCUGUCGGAGGAAUAUACAACCGGCAGCAGCCUGAUGCCACAGAAACGAAACCCGGACAGCUUGGAGCUGAUUCGUGGUAUCUCCGGAUCGGUGUUUGGUCAACAUUGCGGCCUGUUGAUGACAUUGAAGGGGCUCCCCUCGACGUACAACAAAGAUUUACAGUGCGAUAAGAGUGGCAUGUUUGCCGUGUACGACCAGACUGCACUCUCACUGACGUUGAUGACCGGCGUGAUAACGACGAUGCGCGUCGACGAGGAACGCUGUCUCAGUGCACUCAGCUACGAUAUGCUUGCGACGGACAUGGCCUACUAUUUGGUCCGCAAAGGUAUCCCAUUCCGAGAGGCACAUCACAUCUCCGGCGAGGUAGUUGCGUUUUCCGAAAAUGUCAAAAUUCCAAUCAACAAACUAACGUUAGAGGACCUUCAGGAUAUCUGUCCGUACUUCGACGAAACGGUCAGCAAACUGUGGAACUACGAAAACAGCGUGGAACAGUAUUCCGUCGUCGGAGGAACAUCCAAACGAGCGGUGCAGGAACAAAUCAAGCUACUUAAGGAAUUUCUCGUGGGGUGCGAAUAGUCCGACUUCGUAGUUUUGUAAUUAUUUUAUUUUCAAGUCUGUGAAUAAUAUAAAUAUAUUUCGUGGGCAUACAAUAAGAAGUGUUAAACUGUUAAAGUACGUUGCAAAACCAAAAAAAAACUGUGCUUUGUAUCCCUGUUCUGACUAAUAAAGAAAAACGUUUGCA